AUGCCGAGACAAAUGCAGUUGCGUUGGAGCGGCCACCUGGUGCGCAUGGACGACGAGCGACUACCCAAGCGACUCUUCUACGGAGACGUCGCGACGGGUUCUCGCCGUCAAGGAGGCCAAAUUCGUCGAUACAAGGACACCCUGAAGUCCUCCCUGAAGCGCCUGCAAAUCAAUCUGACCAAAUGGGAGGAGCUAGCACUUGACCGACCGACCUGGCGGAGGACAGUGAAGACAGGCGCUGCGAUCUACGAAGCCAACCGCAUCGCCGCCGUCAAAGUGAAACGCGAAACACGCAAAUCACAGCUGCGCCCUAUACGCAACGGCGACGCACAACCGCUUCCAACGUGUCCUCGAUGUCAACGGACAUUCCGGGCUCGAAUCAGACUUGUUGAACAUCUUCGGAUCAACUGCGCCACGACCACUUUUAUCCUCCUCCUCCUCCUCCUACUCCUCCUACUCCUCCUACUCCUCCUCCUUCUUCUCCUCCUCCUCCUCCACUGCCCAAAAGACGGCCGCUCUGGUGGCUGUCACGAACAACAACAUCGCACACAACAAUGACACCACAACAGACUCCAUACCCCCAACCUCCGACUCCAGAAGUGAGGGCCAGGACUACACCUGCUUUCACUGCGAGCGCACCUUCACCUCACGCAUCGGUCUGAUUGGUCACUUGUGAAUCCAUCGCACAGAGGCUGGCGAACCAGUGCCUGGAGCACCAACCUACAUCCACCGCACUUGCCUCCACUGCCCACACUGCCCUCGCACCUUCACGCAUCGUAUGGGCCUAUUCGGCCACAUGCGCAUCCACGAGAGCGGAAUUGACCGCAGUUCCGACACACCCACCACAUCCACCACACCCAUCAUGCCCAGCCUCACACUCGCUUCAUCACCCUGUGCGCCCAUCGCCACCACCAACACCACUACCAUCACCACCGCCUCCUCUGUAGCUGACACCGACACCGCCGACCUCUCAUGCCCAUAUUGUCCACGCACAUUCACCUCUCGCAUCGGCCUGGUCUGUCACUUGUGA